CUGCGCUGGCCACUCCCCAAAGGGAAAAGAAGGGUGUAGGGGGAAACCAUAGCGCCUGGAAGAAAGCCUAUUGGAAUCGAGGAUCGCUGGGCGAGGCUUCCAGGGGGCCGGCAAUCCAGAGACCUGCGGCUUGCUGCAAGAAAAGCCCGUGCUGCAGCUGCUGCGUCUAUACUGUCCGCUGCCUCCCAAUCAUCCUCUCGGCGCUAGCGUCAGCCUUUGCGCUCCGUCCGCGCGCAUUGACACCAAGCCUCUUGCCCAGACUCCCGCAGUCUCCUGUCCUGCCAGCGUCUCUGGCAUGUGCGCUGCCCACAUGUCGCCCCUCGCGCACAUCUUCAAAGGGACUUUCGUCCAUUCCACCUGGACUUCUCCCAUGGAGGUGCUGCACAACCACAUCCUCGGCGUGAGCGAAGCUGGCAAAAUAGUGUUUUUGGAACAAGCUUCUGAACAAGAAAAACUGGCUGCAGAAUGGGGUUUUACACCAAUUGAAGUGAGAGAACUCAGCAUCCAUGAAUUCUUCAUUCCUGGGCUGGUUGAUACACACAUCCAUGCACCACAGUAUGUGUUUACUGGAAGUAAUGUGGAUCUCCCUCUCCUGGAGUGGUUAACAAAGUAUACAUUUCCAACAGAAAACAAGUUUAGCAAUAAGGAUUUUGCCGAAGAAGUCUACACCCGAGUGGUUAGGAGAACUCUAAAGAAUGGUACAACCACAGCGUGUUAUUUUGGAACAAUCCACACUGACUCAUCGCUCCGCCUCGCUGAUAUUACAGAUAAAUUUGGCCAGCGAGCUUUUGUGGGCAAAGUUUGCAUGGAUAUGAAUGACACUGUUCCAGAGUACAAGGAAACCACUGAGGAGUCGGUUAAAGAGACAGAAAGGUUUGUUGAAGAAAUGCUAAAAAAGGAAUAUCCUAGGGUGAAGCCUAUAGUGACACCACGUUUUGCCCUUUCCUGCUCUGAGACAUUAUUGCCUAAACUUGGUGAUAUAGCCAAAGACCAUAAUCUGCAUGUUCAGAGCCACGUAAGUGAGACUCCUGAUGAAGUUGAAGCUGUGAAAAAUCUAUUUCCUAAUUAUAAGAAUUACACAGACGUGUAUGACAAAAACAACCUCCUGACAGACAAGACGGUGAUGGCGCAUGGCUGCUACCUGUCUGAUGAAGAGCUCAAAGUAUUUCAGCAGCGCGGAGCUUCCAUCUCCCACUGUCCCAAUUCAAACACAUCGAUCUCCAGUGGAUUACUGAAUGUGUUGAAUGUCCUGAAACAUAAGGUGAAGCUUGGACUGGGCACAGAUGUUGCUGGUGGUUAUUCAUCCUCCAUGCUUAAUGCUAUCAGGAAAACAAUGAUGGUGGCCAACAUCCUUUACAUGCAAAAAGUCAAUGAGAAAAGUCUCACUCUUAAAGAAGUAUUCAGACUAGCAACUCUUGGAGGAAGCCAAGCCUUGGGACUAGAUGAUGUGAUUGGGAACUUUGAAGUUGGCAAGGAAUUUGAUGCUCUUCUGAUCAACCCAAAGGCUUCAGACUCUCCCAUUGAUCUCUUCUCUGGUGAUUUGGCUGGUGAGCUUUCAGAGGCUGUCAUCCAGAAGUUCUUCUAUCUAGGAGAUGAUCGAAAUAUUGACGAAGUAUAUGUGGGUGGCAAGCAAGUGGUUCCAUUUUCAAGCUCUGUGUAAGUCCACGAGGCUUCUGAAGACAUUUUCCUGGGAUAACGGAUGAUUCUGCAUCUCCCUGUUCAGCCCAGGUGGAGUUGGAACGUGUUGGCUAAAAUAUAGUAUCUUGUUGUUGGGAAUGACUACUAAGUUUCUGUGUCUUAUUAGAGCAACUAUUUGAGAAAUUACUAGAAGGAAUCCAGGGAUCAUUUUAGGUUCCUCGGUUGGAUGGCUUUCAUAUAUAUAGGAAAACUUUCCCUUUGAGCUAUUCAGAUUUUUUUUGGGGGGGGGAGCCAUGUUCAAAGGUAAACUUUACUUUAUUAAUUUGAAAUGUUAAAUCAAUUCCAGUGUGGGAAAUGGCAAGAAGAACAGGUAGAGGUGCUUUUUUCUUUCUUAAAAAUGAAACUUGAGCCCACAUGUGAAAAUUUUCAACUGCAAAGUUGAAAAUUGCCUGGUGGGGAAAUCUUAAUGAAGAAAGAAGUCUUUUUAGAGUGUGAAAAGAAAUGUUGAAGAUCACUUUAGAAAUUACGUGUCGAGCAUACAAAUUUCAAGAGAGACCUUGCCGAACUUUAGAAUGUGAUUUCAGAGCAAGUCUGUAUGCUGGAAAUUUGCACUUACUGAAAUUUGCACUUCAUAGAUAUUUCGCUAUUGUUCAUUGGCUUUGUUUUGGAUGAAACUUGGAAAAUAAAAUGCUAAAUGCUACAUUAAGAUAGUUUUGUGCUGUAAAUGUGUUUUGAAAGCUGGAAAAUGGUUUUUUAAAGGUCUCUUAGGACUAUUAUUAAUGCACUUACAUGGCACAAGUAGGAGUAUUUUUGAGUACCUUAAAAACACUUUAAAUUAUAACUGUGCAGUGUUGUUUUCUAUUGAAAUUAUACCAUUGGAAAGAAAAUGGAAGCAGAUUGCCUGAAUUGGUGUUAUCCAUAGCUUGAAAUUGCAAAGACUGAGAAGACUAGUGGGCAUCACCAAAUUCAUCUCAUCUCAUAUAAAUAAUGGGAAAAUGGUUAUUGAUCAAAGCUUUACCUGGAAAAGGUUCCAUUUACUAAAGACAAGCUCUACCCAUACUAUCAAUCACAAUUGAUGAUUUUCAAAGGCUGAUACCAAACAAUAACUGGCAUUUUGAAAUACAUCUUAAGUUUUCUUUUAAUGAAUAUCAAUAGAAAAGAUCCUCUUUCCUAUGAAAGCAGACAAUCCUUUUUUGCUGAAAAUAAUCUACUCCCACUUAUUCGAAUAAAUUUUCAAUCCAAAAAAACUUAAGUAUAACCAAUUAACUUGGAUUUUAUUUUAAAAUUUGUUAUCAUAAGAUUUAUUCCAUAUUGAAGUCAGCAAUGGUUUUCUUUUUUAUUUGCUUGUCUGCUUCUGCCUUUCUUUGUAUUUCUAGUGUUUAACAGUGCCUGGCAUAUGGAGAAUACUUAAUAAAUGCUUAUUGAUUGAUUGACUAAUUGAUAUUACACCUUUAGAAGGAUACAAAAGCUUUAAGAGCAACUUAUACUUACUAAUCUAUCAAUCUUUCCCAUGUCCUAGAAUUGAAAACAAUUCCUUCCCCUAUUAUAUAAUAUUGAGUAUUAUUGCUUAUGAAAUAUAAUUCCUUGCUAAUUUUAUAAAAAUUAUGCACUUUUUUCAUAUCUGUACAUUUUGGCUUUGGAAACUACAAUUUCCAGAAAGCAACCAAAAUCACCUCAGUAUCCCAAUAAACCUAAGUACCCAGGAAGAGUACAUAAGUAAAUUUUGUUUUAUAACCACUAACAUUAGCGAAUUUUAUGUACAUAUAUAUAACUAAAGAUAUAAUUCCCCUGUAAAGUGGCUCCUAUUUUGGAAAAUUCAUUGAAAUAUGUUCAUCACAUUCUACCCAGCCAUCAUAUUUUGUCUGGUUUCAGACUCAGGAUAUCUCCUUAAAUAGUACAUCUUUUGCCAAGUAGUGACUGUCCUAGAAUGAAUCAAUUCUUCAUCCUCCCUUAAAAAUAAAACUAUUUUUGGUCAUCAAGGAAGCAUUUAGAGAUAUUGAGUAGCUCCAACAGUCUUUGCCUUUCCAAAAUUUCGAAGCAGCGGGGUGGAGUUUGCCCCAACUUCUAAGAGGUGUUUAACUUUCAUUUGCACCUCCUUGCUAAUGUUACUCAGUCAGGAAGAUAAGUAGGCUAAGGAGUUCUCGAGGGAGAUGGACAAUCUGUUGCCAAGCAGUAGUAGCGCAUUCCUAGCCACUGCUGUUCUUGUUCGCCUCACUUUCUUCUGUGUCUAAAUUGUAAAUGCAACUUAAGUGUGUAUUAUUGACUUUCAUUGAUAUUUAGAAUUAGCAUGCAGUCAAGAUAAUAGUGUAGGAAAGAAAAAAGGAAGAAUGACAGUGGAUGAAUCUGCUAAGUGCUAAGCUUUGCCCGGUUGGUGCCUAAAAAAAGCAUAGUCUAGUGGGGAAAGCAAUGAAUUUGGAGUCAGGAGACCUGAAUUUAAAUCCCAGCUUGGCCUUAUGUGUUUGGCUCUGGGUAGGUCCUUCUCUGAGCUUCAGUUUUUUCAUUUGUAACAUGAGAGGAUUGAGUGAGAUUUUUUUCUGAGGUUCCUUUCCAACACUGACGCUGUGGAGUUGUUUUUUUUUUUAAAGGAACCUGCUUGAAAUGUUAGUGUCCUUUGAUCUCCCUGCACUUCAGUACUUGUUCUUCUUUGUGUUCUAUUUCUCCAAGAAAAGUGUUAUUCUAUAUUGCAUCUGGCUUGUGUGGCAAGUGAAGUUCUACCCUUAGAAACAUUCUUUUCCUAAUGUUGAUUAACUAUAUAAUGCUAAAAGUUUUCAUGAAUCAUGGAGCGGCAGCACAUUGUCAAUCCAAGGUGUCAUUUUAUGUUGAAUGUUUUCCUCUCUGACAGAACCAAGAUAGCUUUAUGAUGAUUUUAAGCAAGUCUUUUUAAAAAUGUGUACGUGUUGUCACCUCCCUCCCAAAAUGCAUACCAGCAUAUUGUGGGAGAGUCCUUGGCCCUAUUUAAUUUAAUUGGCCCUAAAGUAAAUAAUUAAUUUUAAGAUAUGCUUUCUAAGAGAGAAAGCAAUUUUCUGGAACACUGUUGCUUUAGCCUGACAAAAAUUCUAUCCUACCCAGAAUAUGAAAACAGACUAAAAGACCAAGACUUCGAACAUCCAGGGAAAUAAAGGAAAGAAACAAUAUCUAUAAGAAAGAUUUGAGAGGCUCCAUGGGGCAGUGGAAGAAUUGCUGGCCAGGAGGUCAAAGGAGCUUCAAUCUAGAGCUGGAAGGGACCUGAAAGGUCAUCUAGUUCAGUCUCAUUUUUUAUGAAAUUGUCCUAAAGGAGUCUAGAGGUUAAAUGACUUGCCUAAGGUCACACAGAUAAUAAGAAUCCAAAGCAGUGUUUGAGCCUCAGUCCUCUGACUUUAGAACCAGGACUUUUCCUCCCCACUAUAUAUUCUAUACAAGAGAUCAAGUUUCUAGCACUAAUGAGGUAGUCUGGGGCAAGUCACACCCACCUUAAAGAGCCUGUGUUGCUCAUUUAUAAAAUGAAGAGACUAGGUGGUCAUUAAGAACCCCUCCAGUUCUGUGGAUCUAAAUCUGAUUGCCUUCACACAUUCCUUUCUACCUUAUCCCUGUCUCCCAAACCCAAGAUUAAAUUCAGAAGGGCAGAAGAUUUUUUUUGAAAGUACAGCUUAGGACAUUUAUUUUUUAAAUUGAGUUGAAAGCAAAUUACAUGGCAUAUGAAUGUGAGUUUGAUGUAUAACUUUGAAAAACUAUUAGUCUAGUUCAUCUAAGAAUUACUUAUGUUUUGCUUCCUACUGCUUUGAGGAAGGGAAAAAAAAGGUUAAAAGACCUUUAUAUGUAAAGCAGAAUGUUUCCAUGAAAAAAAGCAGAUUUUUAAAAAGCUUCUUAACUUAAGGAGAAUAUAAUUUAUAGCAGACAAAUUGGAAAGAGUACAGAUGUUAUUUUUUUUAUAGCUCAUGUGUAGACUGAACGUAGCAACAGGUAGGCUGAUGAUAAAAUGUUACGAGUUAUUAAAUUGUUUUAUGAUAGUCUUAUAUUUGGCCUUUCGCCCUUUUUCUGGGUUUAAAUGCAGCAGAAUUUGGAGUAGAGAACCCAGGAGCGCACCAAAGAGUAGCUUCUCCUGAUACCUCUUUCAGAAAAAAGGAAGAACCCUUUCUAAAUCAUUCUUUUGGAUGUACAAUCCAACAGAAACUCUCAAAUGGAAAUAGAUUGGAAUGAAUCAUGGUGGUAGAAAAAUACUACCUUAGAAAACUCAGUGUUUUUUUUUUAAACCACUAGUUGGCCGAUGGUUGAUAGCUGCCUUCAGAGUUUGUAGGGAAAGGACACAAUUAGGGAUUUGUGAUCUUGGUGUUUUGAAUGUUUGCUCCCUCCUGACUCUUCUUACUUUCAAGAGCUCACUAGAAUUUUUGCCCUGAUAGGUGGGAUGGCACACUGUUUUCACUGCACAUUGUGCUGUCUCUGUAACAUAGCUGUUGUCAGAUGCAUUCUGACAAGAAUCCUUUCUUGAGGGCUCAGUUUUAAAGCCAACGAUAAUCACCCAAACGCUGGGAUUUUAAAAGAUAAGACAAUUUUUGCCUCUAAAGAUCAGAGGAUAAUAGAUUAUGGGGCAGAAAGGAAUUUUUGAGGCUAUUGAAUCCAGCACUCUUCACUGAACAGAUGAGACAACUGAGUCACUUCUGUGACUUGCCCAAGGUCACAUGAAUAGAAAAUUGCAGAGGCAAGAAUAAACUCAAAGCCUCUGACCUCAAAGGCAGAGUUCCUUCCAUCAUGCCAACCUGUCUCCUUGGUAACCACAGUAUGUUCCAAGACUGAUGACUUGACAUUAUUUUUAAGCUUAGCAGAGUUAAUUGGUAUUUAAUUGGUGUCUUCUUCAAAGGCUAAGCGCAGAUUAAAAAGAUUCUCUGAUCUGAAUCAAAUGUGAUUUCAGAGAGUGGUGAAUUUAAAUAGUUUGGCCUCUGAAUUUGAUGUCUUUAGGGGAAAUACUCUAUAUAAAAACAGAAAUGAAUAAAUUUCUUUCAAACCUUAACAUUAAUUAUGAUAAAGACUUUCAGGUAUAAUCUCACUUCUCUUCCAUCCAUUCAUUCCUCCUCCCCCUUUGUAUCUUGAGCACUAAAGCACUUAUAAGAGAUUGUGAAGGUGAAACUGUUUAAUCUCUUUUUAUGAAAUGCAAAAAUUAGCCAUUAGUAUUUUAAGACUGUUUUCCUCAUUCCCCUGUGCCCAUGAGCACCCAGGUAAACUAAGGUGCUUCUUGACUCCUUGGGCACAUGGCAGUGUCUGCCUGUUGCCUUUCUGCUGGAAGACCUGAUUUGAUAGAUUCUGUCAGAAACUGCUUUUUAAGGAAAACUGCUUAAUAAUGUUGCUUAUCUCUUGAUUGCUACUCUUUAAGUAUAUGUAUUCAGCAGGAAAAUGGAUCUCAGUAUUUGUGUUGAUUUGCUUGUUUCUCUUGUGAGUGUGAGAACCUGUGUGUUGCAAAAACAAAAAUAAAAAGGUCUUGUGUUUACCUUAA